CGCCUGACUGGAGGCGGACCAAGCGGCCAGCUGCCUCUCGCCGGUCAGCCCGGCACUUGGGUCCCUCGCUGACACCUGCUCUUCGUGGAGCAGCUCCCUUGUGCUUGUCCGGCUAUGCAGUGGCCGUGGCCGCUGGCCGUCUCUCUUGCUGUGGUGUUGGCUGUGGGGCCGAGCAGAGCGGCCGAGGGUGCCGCCCUGCACUCAGGCAGGCACAGAGCCGAGGGCCAGGAGCAGCAGAGCCGGUUCAAGAGAGGCACUGAGGAUGACGAGGCCAGGGAGGUGCAGCAGUAUGUGCCUGAGGAGUGGGCUGAGUACCCGCGGCCCAUCCACCCUGCUGGCCCACAGCCCACCGAACCCUGGGUGGCCACCAGCCCCAACCCAGACAAGGAUGGGGGCAGCCCAGGUGGCAGGCAGGAGCCUCGGGGAAAUCUGACGGGGACGCCGGGUCAGAGGCUGCAGAUUCAGAAUCCCCUGUACCCGGUGACCGAGAGCUCCUACGGUGCUUAUGCUAUCAUGCUCCUGGCCCUGGUGCUGUUUGCGGUGGGCAUCGUGGGUAACCUGUCGGUCAUGUGCAUUGUGUGGCACAGCUACUACCUGAAGAGUGCCUGGAACUCCAUCCUCGCCAGCCUGGCCCUCUGGGAUUUUCUGGUCCUCUUUUUCUGCCUCCCUGUUGUUAUCUUCAAUGAGAUCACCAAGCAGAGGUUGCUGGGUGACGUUUCUUGCCGGGCCGUGCCCUUCAUGGAGGUCUCCUCCCUGGGAGUCACCACCUUCAGCCUCUGCGCCCUGGGCAUUGACCGCUUCCAAGUGACUACCAGCACACUCCCAAAGGUGAGGCCGAUCGAGCGUUGCCAAUCCAUCCUGGCCAAGCUGGCCGUCAUCUGGGUGGGCUCUAUGAUCCUGGCUGUGCCCGAGCUCCUGCUGUGGCAACUGUCGCAGGAGUCUGCUCCCACCACGGGCACUGUAGACUCAUGCAUCACGAAACCCUCUGCCAGCCUGCCCGAGUCCCUCUACUCACUGGUGAUGACCUACCAGAACGCCCGCAUGUGGUGGUACUUUGGCUGCUACUUCUGCCUGCCCAUCCUCUUCACGGUCACCUGCCAGCUGGUGACGUGGCGGGUGCGGAGCCCUCCCAGGAGGAAGCCUGAGUGCCGGGCAGGCAAACACGAGCAGUGUGAGAGCCAGCUCAACAGCACCGUGGUGGGCCUGACUGUGGUCUACGCCCUCUGCACCCUCCCUGAGAAUGUCUGCAACAUCGUGGUGGCCUACCUCUCCACCGAGCUCACUCGCCAGACCCUGGACCUCCUGGGCCUCAUCAACCAGUUCUCCAUCUUCUUCAAGGGAGCCGUCACCCCUGUGCUCUUGCUGUGUAUCUGCAAGCCGCUGGGCCGGGCCUUCCUGGGCUGCUGCUGCUGCUGCUGUGCCGAGUGCGGAGGCACCUCAGAGACCUCGGCUGCCGGAGGCUCGGACAACAAACUCAAGACCGAGCUGCCCUCCUCCAUCUACUUCCACAAGCCCAGGGAGUCACCCCCGCUUCUGCCCCUGGGCACGCCUUGCUGAGACCAGGCUGCAGUCUGGGAUGGGGGGUGGGGGGAGGCAUGGGAGCAGGGGCAAGGCGGGGCGGGGAGGGUGCCCCCUGCCUGUGUCUGGGUUUCUGGCCCCAUAGGUCUUGCUUCUCUGCCCAUCUUGCUGUUUGGAGGCGGACUUGGUUCUUCUUGUUGGGGAUUGGGGAUGUCAAAGCCCCUUCCCCAGCAGGGCCUUCCCUGUCUGUCUCUUGGGGUCCUCCAGCUGCGUCCUCAGUGAGCAGUAAUGCUUCUGGGUCCUUAGAACUGCCUAGAAACUCUCAGUCCCCCAGCUGGGAGCCAGCACUUCACCUGUCUCUGUCUUGGAAUCUGCUAUCCUUUAGUUGGCAUUGCCUUCUGACUCUUAUCCGUCUUAGAAUAGGGGGCCCUCUGGGGGCCAGUCCUGCCUGGCUUUUCUUGGCCAGGUCUGCCCCGGCCCUAGACACCUCCUCCUCCUCCUGGCACCUUCUCUUCUUCCGGAGGAUUUUUCUUUCUUUCCUCUUCCUUCUCUGACAUAUCCUGGAUUGCCCUGUGCACUGCCCCCCUCCCCGGGUAGGUAUCCCCCUGUAGAAAGCCCUUCUCCAAAAACAAUAAACUAGGUAGAACCAUC